UUCUCUGCAGAGGGGUUCCGGACAUGACUCAAUAGAGCAGUAUCUUUUCCAAGAACUUGCCGUGAUAAAUUUCUAAGCGCGCCGAUAAGCCGCUUAGAAUGGAUUUUUGCUCGCUAUUGCAACAAGAAAGAAGCUCAUUACCCCAACGAUUAGUACUACAAGCAGAGCAGCGGCAAAGAUUUUAGGUUAACAGAAUCAGGAAAUGAGUUCCAAGAACAAAUUACCAUUUCAAAGAAGUGACUUACCAAGAUAUUCAUCGGUAUUGGUUAUCUACACUGGUGGAACCAUUGGCAUGAUCAGGAAUGAAAAUAAUGAACUUGUUCCUAAACCAAACGAGUUCUACGAAAGAAUUCGUAGCUUCCCACAGUUGCACGACGCAACGCACGAUGAUCUUCCCGCCAACACUUUGCUUUUACCCUUCGUUCAAGAUCAACUGAAUCGUAUCCGGUACCGAAUCCUGGAGUACGAUCCACUGCUGGAUUCCUCCAACAUGGGAGUUCCGGAGUGGGUUCGAAUCGCGCAGGACAUCCACGACGCACACGACCACUUCCAAGGAUUCGUCGUCCUCCACGGAACCGAUACGCUUGCCUACACGGCAUCUGCCCUCUCGUUCAUGCUGGAAGGCUUGAAGCACCCGGUCAUCAUCACCGGAUCGCAGAUUCCGAUCUUCGAAACGCGCACCGACGGCAGGGACAACCUGGUUUCGGCGCUGAUCCUGGCCGGAAACUACGACAUUCCUGAAGUUUGUGUCUUCUUCAACGCGCAACUGUUUCGCGGCAAUCGGACCAUCAAAGUAAACUGCGACUCGUUUGAGGCGUUUGGGUCGCCGAACUUAGCACCGCUUGCUACGAUGGGUGUCAACGUGGAGAUAAAUGAGGGGUUGGUAAGGAGGGCGGCGUCGGGGGAGCCGUUUGGCGUGCAAUUCAAGAUGGACGAGAGGGUAGGCCUGCUACGGUUGUUUCCGACGAUUUCUGGAGAUUUGGUGCGAGCGACUUUGGAAAAGCUAAACGGGAUAGUUCUGAUGACUUACGGGGCUGGGAACAUCCCGUCGAAUAAGGAAGAUUUCAUUGGAGCGUUACGGGAAGCUUCCGAGCGAGGAGUUUUGAUUUUGAACGUUACACAAUGUAGCGGAGGUUCCGUCAGCCAGAUGUAUGAGACGAGUCACCACCUGCGGGAGCUUGGUGUCAUUUCCGGACACGACAUGACCGCCGAGGCUGCGUUGGGCAAGCUUUCGUACGUGCUUGGGAAAGAGAACUGGGAUCUGGAAAUGAAACGCAGGAUGUUGCAACGGAAUCUUCGUGGUGAAAUGACUGAAAACGAGUAA